CACGUGGCUAACCAAAACACCAUGGCGGCUGGAUUCAAGUAAGUGUGCAUUUUACACUCAUCAAAUAAUCUACAUGAACUGUCUGAGGUUCUUACAUGCCUCCGAAAUGAUAGACUACCCAAACAGCCCAAGGAAGAGUGGCUUGUUCGACACGCAGGCUAAUAGUUAUGUAGGCUAUCCAGGAUCAGAUGCUCUCUCUGGCUCCACCGACCAUAUAGGCUACUGGCACAACGAACGUUAGCUAGCUAGCAAAGUAGUUUGCCAUCUAACGUUAACUAGCUAGUCACUUAGAAGUCAGUUAUCUAGUUAACCAACUAAUUUAAUCUCUGUCCCCAGAACUGCUGAGCCCUUGGAAUACCACCGGAGUUUUCUGGUUAGUAGUACUGUCUUACAGCACAGGAGGUUGGUGGCGCCUUAAUUGGGGAGGACGGGCUCGUGGUAAUGGCCGGAGUGGAAUUGUAUCAAACACAUGGUUUCCAUGGUUUCCAGGUGUUUGAUGCCAUUCCAUUUGCUCCAUUCCAGCCAUUAUUAUGAGCCGUCCUCCCCUCAGCAGCCUCCACUGUCUUACGCUCAUUACUUUUACACUUGGUAAAUGUAAGAGUGGUUAUGUUGACUUGACACUGACUGUCAGGAUAUGAUCCCUGAACAAACCAUGAUAGUAAUGGUGAGUUGUUCUCUGCAGAAAGAGAACUGCCGUCCUGAUGGAAGGGAGCUGGGUGAAUUCAGAACCACUACAUUGAAUAUAGGUGAGUACAACUGAACUGUGAGUUAGUCCGUGGAUGGGAGACCGCCUGGGAACACCAGGUGCUGUAAGCAUUUUGUCCCAGUAGAGCAGGGUUCUUAAAUUCUGGUCCUGGAGGGCCGAAACACUUCUGUUUUUUAUUUCUACCUGGUAGUUAAUUGCACUCACCUGGUGUCCCAGGUCUGAAUUAGCCCCUGAUUAGAAGGAGAGGAUGAAAAACAGAGGUGUUUCGGCCCUCCAGGACCGGAAUUGAAGAACCCUGCAGUAGAGUGUACUCUUGUGUCAUGGAGCAACUGACAACCCCCCCCCCCCCCCAUCCUUCUCCCUCAUCCUUCUCCCCCCCCCCCCCCCCAAUCCUUCCCCCCCCCAUCCUUCUCCCCCCCCCCAUCCUUCUCCCCCCCCCCAUCCUUCUCCCCCAUCCUUCUCCCCCCCCCCCCCAUCCUUCUCCCUCAUCCCCCCCCCCCCCCCCCCCCCCCCCCCCCCCCCCUCCAUCCUUCUCCCCCCCCCCCCCCCCCCCCCUCAUCAUCCUUCCCCCCUCCUCAUCCUUCUCCCUCCCUCUCUCCAGGUUCUAUAUCCACAGCAGACGGCUCAGCCCUGGUGAAGAUUGGAAACACCACAGUCAUGUGCGGCAUUAAAGGGGUGAAUAGUAACCGCUCUUCUUUACUCUCUCCUCAAUUAAACAACUAAAGCAGCACCUUGGUAACACCUCGCCUAACAACCUAACUCAUUCCCCAUUGUAUUUUUAUCCACAGGAACUGGCAAACCCACCAGUGGAUGCACCCAAUAAAGGUUACAUUGGUAAGUGGAAGAGUUACCAUUGGAAUUUCUUAUACAAUUUCUACCAAGAUAUAGAGCAAAAACAUGAUUUGUUAAUGUUUCAACAACUUUACAUUGCCUUGCUGAGUAGGAAGUGUAUAAACCAGCUGUAACCAUUGACCUGUGUGUGUGUGUGUGUAUAUACUGUAUGUGUAUAUAUGUCUCUGUGUAUGUUUGUCUCUCUCAGUACCCAAUGUAGACCUGCCUCCUCUGUGCUCGUCACGGUUCCGUCCUGGACCACCUGGGGAACAGGCCCAGGCUGCCAGCCAGUUCAUCUCUGAUGUCAUCGAGAGGUAAGUCAGUGUAUAUUUAAAGGCCCAGUGCAGUCAAAAAAAAACGUGCUUUUCCUGUUUUUAUAUACACUGAGUGUAACUUUUUUUUAAAUUAGGGACACCUUCCUAAUAUUUAGUUGCACCCCCUUUUGCCCUCAGAAGAGCCUCAAUUCAUCGGGGCAUGGACUCUACAAGGUGUCGAAAGCGUUCCACAGGGAUGCUGGCCCAUGUUGACUCCAAUGCUUCCCACAGUUGUCAAGUUGGCUGGAUGUCCUUUGGGUGGUGGACCAUUCUUGAUACAGACGGGAAACUGUUGAGCGUGAAAAACCCAGCAGCGUUGCAGUUCUUGACACAAACCGGUGCGCCUGACACCUACUACCAUACCCUGUUCAAAGGCACUUAAAUCUUUUGUCUUGCCCAUUCACCCUCUGAAUGGUACACAUACACAAUCUAUGUCUCAAUUGUCUCAAGGCUUAAAAAUCCUUCUUUAACCUGUCUCCUCCCCUUCAUUUACACUGAUUUGAAGUGGAUUUAACAAGUGACAUCAAUAAGGGAUCAUAGCUUUCACCUGGAUUCACCUGGUCAGUCUGUCAUGGAAAGAGCCGGUGUUCCUAAUGUUUUGUACACUCAGUGUAUAGCUCCACACUGAGGUGGGAAUAACACUGUGAAAGUGAUGAUAAUGCCUUUUUUAGUUUAAGAGCUGUUUGAAAAGACCACCUGAAAUGGUUAGUGGUAUUUGAGAUUUCGUAUAUACUUACUCAUGAAGGAGAUGGUCUUAUCCCAACAGUCAGUGUUACUAGGAGUUUAACGUUCUUUUGCCUUGCAGCUCUGCCGUGAUACAGAAAGAGGAGUUAUGCAUAGUGAAAGGAAAGGUAAAGUCGUGUUAACUUCAUCAUGUGACAACCUGAGAGGACUGUUUUCACACUGUUGUACUUUCACAGCUUAGUGCACGUAGGCUACCAGGGUUGGGGUCAAUUCCAUCGCAACGUCAGUCAAUUCAGAACGUAAACCACAUUCCAAUCCCAAAAUGUUCCUCAUUGAACAGCAUUGUUAGAGAAUUGGAAUUUCAUUGCACUGAGAUUUGAUUUGACUUGACCUCAACCAUGCACCACCUCAGAUUUGCCUGUUACUGAUUCUAGUUCUCAGCUGUGAUUCUGAUACUUGGCUCUACUGCUCGCUAGCUGUGCUAAGUCCUGGACUGUGACAUUGUGUUCUGUGUGUCUGUGCUCGCUAGCUGUGUUGGGUCCUGUACUGUGACAUCAUGUGUCUGGACUACGAUGGCAACUUGUUGGACGCCUGUCUCAUCGCCCUGCUGGCUGCUCUUAAGAACGGUGAGACUUGGGGUCUAUUCGUUAGUCAGAUUGCAUUGCAAAACAUUUUGUCUGUCUGCAAAACAAUUUUACAACUGAAAACGUUUACUACAAACAAAACGUUUUGCAAUGGAAAAACAAGCGUUUCCUAGAGUUUGCAACAGACAAAACGUUUUGCAACGAAAAACAAGCAUUUCCUAGAGUUUGCAACAGACAAAACGUUUUGUAACGUAAUCCGACUAAUGAAUACACACCUGCUGACAUUUUCACCUUGCUGUUGUAGUGUACAUGAGUCUGGCUCAUGGUUUCUGAUGGUAGCCCAAAACCAGUGUCAGAGGAGGAAUUUCCUCUUGGUCUCGCGGUCAAGACGUUGGUUUCUCCCCCGUGGGAGACCCGAGUUCAGAUCCUGCCCGUGACACUGUGUCACUUCCUGUUUUAAGAAAGUUUUAGUGAGGGAUGUGAUUGGCUCAGCAGUAACGGGUCCAUUUAACAGUAACCGGCUACUGGUGUAAUCAAGAUAGCUUUGACCUCAUGUCAUAGCUGUACAUCAUUUUCUCAGUAUGACCUUAGGAAAAUGAGGAAUUCCUGAUUUUUGAUUUGGAAAAACAUCUUCUUCUGGUAUAAUAUAUUAUGCUAUUGUUCCCUGGUUUCACACAGCGCGUCUCCCGGAGGUGACCGUUAACAAGGAGACAGCGGUUCCUGAGGUAAACCUGGAGAACAGGAGAGGUCUGAAGAUCCACAAACACCCUGUUGGGGCCUCUUUCACUGUGUUUGAUGAGUAAGUGUCUUUCAUUCACAUUCAUCACUCGGGACCAUUUUCUGUUUUAUUUCACACCCAGAAAGGAGAUUAAGCUAAUUGAAAUGGAAUUUGAAUGAUUUACUAUGGAGUUAUUGUGAUGUGAGUUGUUACCAUGGAGAUGUAUUAUAUCAGUGGUCACCAACAUUUUCUGAGUCAAGAUCACUUUCGGCGUCAAAAAGCAAGCAGAGAUCUACCGCUCAUUUUUUUUAUUUUUUUUAACAUUACUUUAAAAAAUGUAACAUUAACCUAAUAAAAAUGAGAUUUGUUCAUUAGGCCUAAUACAUUAUCACAUCAUAUUGGCUAUAUGCCUGGACUCUCUAUUGUUAUUCUCAGACCAUAUUUUAUUUAAAAACUCGAGCUUUGAUAGCAAAACAGAUCAGUUGGUGUAGCACUUGCGAGGCACAUCUGAGCAUAAAUGGAAGUAUUUGCAAAUAAUUCGCUUUUUUAUUUUACUGGACUGAUGGUACCUGCAUCUGAUGAUCAUGGUGCUUUCAAGACAACUGGGAACUUGGGGGGGGAAAAACGAGGUGAAAUCAUGACAUCAGUGAACUUUAGGCCGGAAAGUCGGAGCUCUAGAAAAAUGUCAGUUUCUGACUUGGAAUUCCGAGUUGGAUGACCGUUCAAAACGUUUUUUUCCCUAGUUCCCAGUUGUCUUGAACACAGCAUUAGUCUGAGCGGAGGGAGGGAGAGAGCAGCAGAGGGUCCGCCUCUCACGGUCCCUGCUCUCUCCUUCCUUUCCUCCGGUGAGACUGACCAGAGAGAGGGGACACCGUCUUCCACCUGAUGGUGAAACUCUAGUCACACCGCAUCUGCCUCAGCCACAAAUUCAUGUUGUUCCUAUGACCAGAGAAAGUGAAAUAUUCCUCAAUAUUAAAAUAAUAAAAACGCAGGGCUAUCGAUACACUUGGCUACUUAUUCAUUGCAGCGCGAGUGGAAGUAGAGAGAAACGUGUUUUAUGUUUCGUAAUGGUGUUGAAUAAAAGUUAUGAAAAUCUCAGGUAGUCUAGUAUCAAACUUUGCUGUGGCCGAGGUUGUGGAAGUUGUAGGUAGGCACGGUGAUUUGAGCUAUCCGAUUGGCCAGCGCAGUAGGCACGGUGAUUUGAGCUAUCCGAUUGGCCAGCGCAGUAGGCACGGUGAUUUGAGCUAUCCGAUUGGCCAGCGCAGUAGGCACACUCGAUUUAGCCACAUCUCCCGGUCCACAGAGUUUGUCUUUUCAGCCAAGUUAAAUGGUUAAAAAUGGGAACACUUUGCCUACCCAGUGUGCAGGGCUUCUGAAUCAACUGUACCUACCGCCAACAGGGCUUCUGAAUCAACUGUAACCUACUGCCAACAGGGCUUCUGAAUCAACUGUAACCUACUGCCAACAGGGCUUCUGAAUCAACUGUAACCUACCGCCAACAGGGCUUCUGAAUCAACUGUAACCUACCGCCAACAGGGCUUCUGAAUCAACUGUACCUACCGCCAACAGGGCUUCUGAAUCAACUGUACCUACCGCCACAACAGGGCUUCUGAACAACUGUACCUAACCGCCCAAGGGCUUCUGAAUCAACUGUACCUACCGCCAACAGGGCUUCUGAAUCCACUGUACCUAACCGCCCAGGGCUCUUCUGAAUCAACGACCUCUGCCAACUUGUCCUGUGUAGCUCCAUAAUGAUGGUUUGUAAAACAGUCGUUCCUGUCCUUUGUAGCUCCAUAAGGUGAACGGGUUGUAAACAGUCCGUCUGUCCUGUGUAGCUCCAUAACUAUAGGUUGUAACAGUCCUGUCCUGUGUAGCUCCAUAAUGAUUGGUUUGUAACAGUCGUCUGCCUGUGUAGCUCCAUAAUGAUGGUUGUAACAGUCGUUCUGUCCUGUGUACUCCAUAAUGAUGGUUGUACCAGUCGUCUGUCCUGUGUAGCUCCAUAAUGAUGGUUGUAAGUCGUCUGUCCUGUGUAGCUCCAUAAUGAUGGUUGUAACAGUCGUCUGUCCUGUGUAGCUCCAUAAUGAUGGUUGUAACAGUCGUCUGUCCUGUGUAGCUCCAUAAUGAUGGUUGUAACAGUCGUCUGUCCUGUGUAGCUCCAUAAUGAUGGUUGUAACAGUCGUCUGUCCUGUGUAGCUCCAUAAUGAUGGUUGUAACAGUCGUCUGUCCUGUGUAGCUCCAUAAUGAUGGUUGUAACAGUCUGUCCUGUGUAGCUCCAUAAUGAUGGUUGUAACAGUCUGUCCUGUGUAGCUCCAUAAUGAUGGUUGUAACAGUCGUCUGUCCUGUGUAGCUCCAUAAUGAUGGUUGUAACAGUCGUCUGUCCUGUGUAGCUCCAUAAUGAUGGUUGUAACAGUCGUCUGUCCUGUGUAGCUCCAUAAUGAUGGUUGUAACAGUCGUCUGUCCUGUGUAGCUCCAUAAUGAUCGUCGACCCCACCGCUGAGGAAGAGAGCCUGUCUACAGCCACAAUCACAGUGGUAACAGACGAGGAAGAGCGACUCUGUGCCCUCCACAAGCCAGGUCAGAGAAACGCACUGUCUGGUCCCCUAACAUUACCACACUACACACUGUCUGGUCCCCUAACAUUACCACACUACACACUGUCUGGUCCCCUAACAUUACCACACUACACACUGUCUGGUCCCCUAACAUUACCACACUACACACUGUCUGGUCCCCUAACAUUACCACACUACACACUGUCUAGUCCCCUAACAUUACCACACUACACACUGUCUGGUCCCCUAACAUUACCAUAACCCACUCCUAUAGACACUGCCCAAACUAACCCGCCUGUCAAUCUCUAACCCCUUCCUUAGUCCUCACUGCUCAGUACUAAAUCCACCACUACCUAGCCUCUUUCCCCAGUCCUCUUGCCACUUACCCAGCCCCAAAUCAUCGAUGACGUAGUCCUCACAGUGACCGCACGUACAGUGGGGAAAAAAAAGUAUUUAGUCAGCCACCAAUUGUGCAAGUUCUCCCACUUAAAAAGAUGAGGGGCUCGUAAUUUUCAUCAUAGGUACACGUCAACUAUGACAGACAAAUUGAGAAAAAAUAAUCCAGAAAAUCACAUUGUAGGAUUUUUAAUGAAUUUAUUUGCAAAUUAUGGUGGAAAAUAAGUAUUUGGUCACCUACAAACAAGCAAGAUUUCUGGCUCUCACAGACCUGUAACUUCUUCUUUAAGAGGCUCCUCUGUCCUCCACUCGUUACCCGUAGUAAUGGCACCUGUUUGAACUUGUUAUCAGUAUAAAAGACACCUGUCCACAACCUCAAACAGUCACACUCCAAACUCCACUAUGGCCAAGACCAAAGAGCUGUCAAAGGACACCAGAAACAAAAUUGUAGACCUGCACCAGGCUGGGAAGACUGAAUCUGCAAUAGGUAAGCAGCUUGGUUUGAAGAAAUCAACUGUGGGAGCAAUUAUUAGGAAAUGGAAGACAUACAAGACCACUGAUAAUCUCCCUCGAUCUGGGGCUCCACGCAAGAUCUCACCCCGUGGGGUCAAAAUGAUCACAAGAACGGUGAGCAAAAAUCCCAGAACCACACGGGGGGGACCUAGUGAAUGACCUGCAGAGAGCUGGGACCAAAGUAACAAAGCCUACCAUCAGUAACACACUACGCCGCCAGGGACUCAAAUCCUGCAGUGCCAGACGUGUCCCCCUGCUUAAGCCAGUACAUGUCCAGGCCCGUCUGAAGUUUGCUAGAGUGCAUUUGGAUGAUCCAGAAGAGGAUUGGGAGAAUGUCAUAUGGUCAGAUGAAACCAAAAUAGAACUUUUUGGUAAAAACUCAACUCGUCGUGUUUGGAGGACAAAGAAUGCUGAGUUGCAUCCAAAGAACACCAUACCUGGGGUGGAAACAUCAUGCUUUGGGGCUGUUUUUCUGCAAAGGGACCAGGACGACUGAUCCGUGUAAAGGAAAGAAUGAAUGGGGCCAUGUAUCGUGAGAUUUUGAGUGAAAACCUCCUUCCAUCAGAAAGGGCAUUGAAGAUGAAACGUGGCUGGGUCUUUCAGCAUGACAAUGAUCCCAAACACACCGCCCGGGCAACGAAGGAGUGGCUUCGUAAGAAGCAUUUCAAGGUCCUGGAGUGGCCUAGCCAGUCUCCACAUCUCAACCCCAUAGAAAAUCUUUGGAGGGAGUUGAAAGUCCGUGUUGCCCAGCGACAGCCCCAAAACAUCACUGCUCUAGAUGAGAUCUGCAUGGAGGAAUGGGCCAAAAUACCAGCAACAGUGUGUGAAAACCUUGUGAAGACUUACAGAAAACGUUUGACCUGUGUCAUUGCCAACAAAGGGUAUAUAACAAAGUAUUGAGAAACUUUUGUUAUUGACCAAAUACUUAUUUUCCACCAUAAUUUGCAAAUAAAUAAAUUAAAAAUCCUACAAUGUGAUUUUCUGGAUUUCUUUUUCUCAUUUUGUCUGUCAUAGUUGACGUGUACCUAUGAUGAAAAUUACAGGCCUCUCUCAUCUUUUUAAGUGGGAGAACUUGCACAAUUGGUGGCUGACUAAAUAGUUUUUUCCCCCCACUGUAGUUACAGUUUUGACUUAAAUCGGCUUGAAAAUCUAUGGCAAGACCUGAAAAUGGUUGUCUAGCAAUGAUCAACAACCAAUUUGACAGGGCAAAUGUUGCACAAUCCAGGUCUGCAAAGCUCUUAGACUUACCCAGAAAGACUGACAGCUGUAAUCACUGCCAUUUGAUUUUAAAGAUGUAUUGACUCAGGGGUGUUAUUUAUUAUUAAUACCUAUGUAAAUACAAAUAUUUCUGUAUUUCAGUUUCAAUAAAUUUGCAAAAAUGUCUAAACAUUUUCACUUCGUCAUUAUGGGGUAUUGUGUGUAGCUGGGUGAGGGGAAAAAAUAACUUUAAUCCAUUUUGAAUUCAGGCUGUAAUGACUUUCUAAAGACACUUAUUUUAUGAUCUCUUAAAAGAACAAGUUCAUAGCUGUUGUCUAAACACUCUUCUCUCCCGCUCUUCUCUCCAGGUGGCACAUCAUUAUCAGGUGAGAAGCUUCAGGAUUGUAUCAGCCGGGCCACGAUGAGACACAGGGAAGUCCGCAAACUCAUCGACAAAGUCAUACAGAGCGCCAAGACACCGAAAUAAACACACACACACGUUUAUUUUUCUCUAAAAGUUGUAUUUUCCUGUCAAUAUAUAUUUUCUUCUUUAUCACAAUAAACUGCUGAUAAAGACCAUUUAAAACAUUCUGCCUCAGUGUCCCAGAAAUGUCUCUCACACACCUGAUUUCUCGUAACAAUAUACACUUGUUGUUGACUCCCCAACCGCCCCCCACUAGUACAAGGAAAUGCUGUAUGAAAACGCACUCAGCAUUGCAUGCUGGGAAAACAAGUCCUCUGUUGUGACGGCGUCAUGAUCAUCUUCCUGCAGAGAGAGCUAUUCUGUGACCGGAAAUGCCAUUCUUAUUUCCUACACAGUGCACUACUU